GAUUUUUUGUCUACCACGUUUGUAGGUUGUCGAGGAGUGGCAUGCCGUGCUCAGCCGUUUGGCUCACCACGAUGCAGCCGUGGUUGGAGCAAUGGGACGAUGCAGAUGAGAAUGUGGUCGAGCCGACAGGACCACACACAGAUAGCUCUUUCAGGGCUUACCUCACCUGGUACUUGCCUCGGACUCGGGCUCGUUUGGUCUUUCCUGACACGAACCCACAGCCACACUAGGCGAGUCUUCGGGAUGGCUAUGCCAAGCACCACGUGGAAGCACUAGCUGGCGCGUUUCGACUUUGCAACAUGAUGGAGGCGGACUGCUCCGCUUACCUCACGAGGGUGGAUCACGGUUCCCCUAUGACUCAGGUUGAGCAGAGAGAGGCAUGGUCCAGGCACCGUGACCACUUGCGUACAGUACUGCACGAUUUUGGUAGCCGUGUGGACUAUGAAGAGAGCCAAGGAUCGUCCCAGGCCUCGACGUCGUUCCCGUGUCCGGCGACGACGCACGAGCCAACCUCUCAGCCAGAUCAGGGACGCCAGUGGAACACUACUGCAGGAUUCGGUCCCUCUUCUUCCUUCGGCCAUACUGGCCAUUGGGGCCAACAAGGAUCCCACUUCGUCCCACAGCAGGGGAUGGGAAUGUUUGGAGGGACAGCGCCAGUUGGGGGACCGUACCCAGGGAUGGGACCGCCGCCAUCGACACCAGCCUACCCAGGAUUCUAUCCAGAUGCGGGCGUAGGACCUUCUUCCUCAGCACAACCUGGGUUCGUCUCAGACACGUUCGUUCCAGAUAGCGGUGGCUUCAACUUAGAAGAUCUCGACAACUUCACUUCCCUCUCACCCGCGGAGCAAGGUGACCCCGAUGUCUUGGGCUCUUCACAGCUAGGAGGAGCACCACUUGGUUACUCUCAGCAGCAGACACCGCAGCCUUCUUUGCGUCCUUAA